AUUCGUACUUCUGUCGUCGGUUGAAUAGCACACGCGCGUGUACAUCCUUUUUUUUUUGUUGGUGUGUAUUCACUACUUCGAGCCGUUGAUUUUACGGUUCUCCAGCUGAAAAUCCUGGUUCUGUUGUUACGAUUCAGACUGACAGAAUUGGAAUCAAAGCUUCCAGUGAACCAGUUUACCGCUCUAUCGGUGGACCGAAAAUUCUAUCAGCGUCCUCUCCGGAAUAACUGUCGAAAACGCGCGAAUGUUACAUCGCCAGUACUAGGACCAAACAGGAUUACUCGUCAAGGUUUGCGAACUCAAACAAAACCUACCUGUACCGAAUUGAAAACAGCCCCGAUAUGCUAAACUUCGAGUGAUAUAAAGUGUAACCAAGUGGUUUAGCUUUAGUGACCAACAAAUCUACGCAUACAUACAACCUGGUGUGUGUUUUUUUUGUAUUAAAAGGUAGAAGGUUGUGAAGAUAGAAGCAAUUCAAAUAGCAGUGUAACAAGUGCGAAUAAAUUGAGCCGCAGCGUAAAAAGAGGUAGUUCAUACGAAAGCAAACGAGCUAAAUAAAUCGGUCUUAAUUCUCCGACAGUUACAAGUACCUUGCAUAAUGUAAAAGUGAAUAGAAGCGAUUUAUACAAACGAGUUGUUCCGUGUGUCUUACAAUACUAAUUACAACUGUAAAGUGAUCUUGUCAAGUGAGGGUAUCUGAGAAACACGAAGUAUUUUCACUGGUGUGAAGCGAGUGAGAUCAUUUCUAAAUAGGAAGAAAAAAAAAUAAACACAGCAACCACGAAGAAUAGUUUUCUGAUUAAGUCACCACGCUUGCUCUGGUUCCGUUAAAUAUAGCCAAGCAUCGUUUCAUUAGCAACUGUCAGAACCCAACCUGUCAAUUGUCAAAAUUAUCACCAAUCAAUCAUCAUCGCCGUCGGUCGCGUCGUGCUCCUCCAAACCGCCACCGUCGACAACAUCGGUAACUAGCGGACCCGCCACAACGUCCACCAAGAUGAGGAUAAAACGCGAAUCAACCUGCCUCGGACUACGCCUAAUGCCAACGACGAAACUCGCUAUUCACAAUCCCCAUAAGCGACACAAAGAUACCUGCGACGAUUCGUCGAUCACACCAGGAACACGGAUCCCGUUGGCUCGUAGUUGUUCCAGCCCGGCAGUAUCUUACGACAUUGAAACGCAUCCCGCAUCGCCCGUGUUUCCACAUCUACUGCUCGGCAACGGCCGGGACGCAAUCGAUCCGUCAACCGUGGGAGCAAACUGUGUUCUGAAUGUGACCUGCCAGCAACCAGCGGGUAGUCUGCUGAAACCGGGACUCGAGUACAAACAGAUUCCUGCCAGCGAUACGCCCCAUCAGAACAUCAAGCAGUACUUCCAGGAGGCGUUCGAUUUCAUAGAAGAUGCCCGCAAAAAGGGUUCCACCGUGCUGCUGCACUGUCAGGCCGGUAUCAGCCGCAGUGCCACGAUUGCCAUAGCCUAUGUCAUGCGGUACAAGGCCAUCUCCCUGCUGGAGGCGUAUCAGAUUGUGAAGCUGGCCCGACCGAUCAUCUCACCCAAUCUGAACUUCAUGGGACAGCUGCUGGAGCUGGAACAAGCCUUGAUCGCCGACGGGAAAUUGGAACCGCCACCUCCUUCACCGAUAGUGCCGCCUAGUCAACCACCAUUUUUUCUUAUCAAUAACUGCAGUAAGUUUAUCCCGCACGAUGAAGAAAUGGACGCCGAUGAUCAUGAAGAUCAUGAUGAUGAUAGUAAAAACAAUAACCGGGAUAGCGGUUGUAGCACUGCCAGCAGCAGUAGCACCAGCUCCACCAGAAGUAGCAUCAGCCACGUCAGCAAUGGCCGAUGUCCACCACGAUUGACACUGAAACUUCCGACAUCGCCGCCAUCGUCUCCGUCGUCACUGUCGUCACCUUCCUCGUUAUCAUCCUCAUCUUCAACGCCCUCGCCCACGCAAACAUUAGCACCUGUUCCUGCCACGCCCGUCAGCACCAUCGCUCCCAGCUCAUUUCCAUCCUGCAGCAGUUCCGGUGUACGAUCUGUACCACCCAAUUCCCGCUCAUGAUAAGUUAGUUAGAAGUAGACUUUUCGUCCCUCUAUUAUGUAAUCUUAAAUUUGUGUGAUACAAUAUUUUUAAUGUGAGAGCUAAUUUAUGGAUUUUUAUUGAAAAACAAAACUACUACAACAAACGAUCUAUGUACAUAGUAGCCCGUAAGGUACCGGCUUUCCUCUGUUAAAUGAAAAAAAUGGCAUUGAGAUAAUGUGUAGUGAGCUUUUUCGUGGAAAGAGAAAUAUAUCUUUAUAUGACUUUUAAAGAUGAAUGAAUCGCCCAUAUCAUCGUUGUUUCGAAAACAUGUUAGUUGAAGAGAAGAAGAAUUUAUACCUUUGGAUGCAUUUAGCGUCAUCACAACAGCGACUGGUAGCAGCAAUCACAAUUCGUGAAAAUCGCAACAAUCGCAAAGAAAACUCACCACCGCCAUAUUUGUUUUUCUUCCUUCAAAAAAAAAGAAACGAACUAAAAUACUAUAAAGAAAGCAAAUUCUAGUCUCAUUUACUAUUUAAGUUCUAGUUACUUUGCACUAAGUUUAAAAUAUCAAACAACAGUAGUUUUACAAAACGAGCUAAAAUAAACUAAAACAACCGAUUCGGAUCUAUGUAUGAACGUAUGAACGAUUCUGUUUUUAUUUUCCUGCCAUUACAAAACAAAAGAAAAAACGAAAAUCUUUCUUUCAUUCGCUCUCACCGCUCUAACCGUAAAUUUAAAUCCCGAUGAUGGAAUGGUUGCAUUACAAAUCGCAAAAAGGCUGUGUUAAAGUUGAACCGAACAUUUCAACUAUCUACCUGCACUGAUGUAAAUUGAGCAACUUCGUUGUAACUGUAAUGAAAACAAGAACAUAUGCUGAAUAUUUAAACUAAACUAGCAAACAAACUCGUUCACAUAUCUUUUCGAAACCAGUUAAACGUUGAUUUCCUAACUUGCAAAUUUCUCGGAAAAUUAUUCCAGAACAUAUGCCGUAUGCCUUUUGGUUUGAUUGGAGAUAGUUUUUGUUUAUAAUAUGUGCAGUACAAUUUUUGCACUUGCGAGUUGUUUCGUAUUAUUCAUGUUUUUUUUUAACAGAAAUCAGUUUAACAGUACAACAAGUACAAUAAAAAAAGGCACAAGUUAAAAAAUGCACCACUGUUGCUGUUGAAACAAGCAGCGCUUCUAAGUAAAAUCUUAAUUUUGUAUGUUUGCGAUAGAUAUCGAGAGUCAAUUUGUAUAAAGGAAGAACAAAAUACAAUAAAAUUCAUAUUUAUUGAGCAAAAAAAACCUAGAAACUUUAUUAUAUCCUUAGUUAAUGUUGAAAUUAUUUAAUGUAGGUUUUGUGUAAAAUAUUAUGCUGUAUCAUGAGGAAAGUCGACACUCAAAAAUAUAACGCAAAAAUGUAAGAAA